AUGUCACAGUUCUUCAGCUACGGUGCCCAGCACCACACCCACCACCUCAACGCCCACCAGCACAACAACAACAACAACAACACCAAUAACAACAACAACCACCACCACGGCGGCCGAUCGCGGCGCGCACCUCGCAUCUCGGCCCAGCACCAGCAGAAGCAGUUCCGCCAGGUCCGCACGCCCAAGGAGUUCAACGUCGAGCCUCCCACGUCCAUCGCAUUCAAGCGGGACUUCGAGGCCGCCCGGUCCUUUGACAUUGAGGACGACGAGAUGUUCUGCCCCUUCCACCUGCUCACCGAGGAUGAUCUGCAGUCCAUCCACUCUUCGGGGUCGGACCGCUCGUCACUGUCAAGCGGCUCGCCCGAGCAAUCGCCGCUGCAGCAUCAAUUGCAGCCCACCCCCUCCUUUGUUCUGUCCACGGCAACCAACCCAUACACGCCCUCCAACUUCCAGCAGAACAACGCUUCGCAGACCAAGCUGCACCAGCCACUAGCGCAGCGCACCCGCAAUGCCAUCCCCAUCGUCGACCCCUCGACACGAAACAUUGCCAGCCCACCACCGUCCGUCUCCCCCAACCGACAGAUGCAGCAGCAGUUCAUGUCGCAGCGACGCUGGUAG